AUGAAUAUUGAUUCUAGUGUAAGUCAUGAAAAUGCUGGAGCUUUCACUCGUGCAUGGGGAUGGCUCAAGGCCUUGCCUGAGAAGUUAUGGGGAAAGGUAGUAGAUGUUGCAAAGAAGAUGAAGAAACUUGGAGAAGAUGAUCCACGAAGAAUUAUCCAUUCCCUAAAAGUAGGGCUGGCUCUCACCUUGGUUUCCUUGUUCUACUACAUCCGACCACUCUACGAUGGUUUUGGUGUCAAUGCAAUAUGGGCUGUUUUAACUGUCACUCUUGUCUUCGAGUUUUCUGUUGGAGCAACACUGGGAAAAGGCUUAAACAGGAUGCUGGCAACCUUAUCAGCUGGUGCUCUAGGUGUUGGAGUCCAUUCCCUAGCAACUCUGUCGGGUGAUCAGAUAGGACAGGCCAUAGUAAUUGGGUUCUUUGUCUUUCUGACAGCUUCUACAGUAACAUUUGUGAGAUUCAUUCCUGCAAUGAAGGCAAGAUACGAUUAUGGGCUGAUGAUAUUCAUAUUGACCUUCUGCUUGUUAUCUAUUUCGAGUUAUCGAGAGGAUGAGGUGCUAGAGAUGGCCCAUCAGAGGCUAACCACAAUCAUCAUUGGUUGCUCUAUUGCAAUCGUUAUAUGCAUCUGUAUAUGCCCUGUUUGGAUUGGUGUGAAUCUUCACAAUCUCGAGGCUACCAACAUGGAAAAGCUUGGGAAUUUCUUAGAAGGAUUUGGGGGUGAAUACUUCAACAUACCAGGAGGGCCGUCCAUGGAUGAAUCAUUUCUUCAAGGGUAUAAAAGCAUUCUCACUUCAAAAGACACCGAAGAAGCUAUGGCUAAUCUAGCAAGAUGGGAACUGUGGCACUAUCGUUUUGGGUUCCGACAUCCUUGGAAACAAUACCUUAAAAUUGGAUCCCUUAGUAGGCAAUGUGCCUACAAAGUUGAUGCUCUUAACAGCUACCUUAGCUCUAAGAUCCAGACACCCAAUGAGUUCCAAAGCAAAAUUCAAGAGCCAUGCACAAAGAUUUGCACAGAAUCAGGGAAAGCACUGAAGGAAUUAGCAUCAGAGCUCAAAAAAAUGACCCAGCCAACAUUAGUUAAUCGCCAUAUUACAAACUCAAAAAUCGCCGCGGAGAACCUGAAAUCCUUGCUCAAUACAACCUGCCUUUGUGAAAAUGAUAGUCUCCAGGAGAUCAUUCCAACUGCUGCAAUUGCUUUAAUCCUAAUGGAAAUUGUGCCAUGCAUCGAGAAGAUCUCUGAGGCCUUUCAUGAAUUAGCCUCUCUUGCACGUUUCGAGAGGGUGGACGGCGCCAGAGUGUCACCAUAG